UAGCGACCGCAGUAGAGAGGCCGUCCUCGCGAGCGUUUAUAUACUGGAGCGGCGCUGGGCCGCUGCUUCCAGUCAAGUACGCGCUCGCGUUCGUUUUGUUUUUUUUUUUCUUUUUUUUUUUUCUUUUUGCGGCGGUGCAAACGCUGAGAAGCAAUCGUGGCUUCUGAGGCGGCGCGCGAGAGUUCUAUUUAGGGUCCUGCUGUUGCGGUUGCCAUGUCGGCAGCAUUUUUAUCCGCCCUGUGCGACAUGGAGCUCAUAUACAAGCACUCGGACGCAGCUUUCGAUCUGACCUGCCUACUAGACGCCCCGCUGUCGCCCUCCGGAACAUUCUCGCAGGCUGUCUUCGGUUCUUCCAAGUUGCGGGAGCGUUCCUUCAGUGAAAGCGCUGGCCCCAGUUUUGUGGCGACGCUCUCUCCCAAGUCGGGCACUCCGGUCAACUCGACCCGAUACAAGACUGAGCUCUGCCGGCCAUACGAGGAGAACGGCGUGUGCAAGUACGGCGAAAAGUGUCAGUUUGCCCACGGCUUUCAUGAGCUCCGUAGCCUGUCACGGCACCCAAAGUACAAGACCGAGCCGUGCCGCACCUUCCACACCAUUGGCUUCUGCCCCUAUGGUCCUCGCUGCCACUUCAUUCAUAACGCCGAAGAGCGGCGCUCAGUUCCAGGAAUGGUGACCCAGUCGCGGGAUAAAGAGCGACCGAGGCUACAACACAGCGUCAGCUUCUCGGGCUUCCCUAGCCAGUCGGGUCUCCGGAGUCCCACCUCGCACACACCGCCGCCUCUCUAUGAUGGUCUGCUGCUCGCCCAGACUCUCCCCUCGACGGGGUGGGACUCUCCGCCCAGCCCCUCUGGCUCAGGGUGCGGCUCGGGAUCUGUCAGCUCUUCUGGCUCAUUGAGUGGCUCCGAGUCGCCAACUUUUGAGUCCGGUCGUCGGCUGCCAAUCUUCAGCAGGCUGUCGGUCUCGGAUGAUUAAAGGAGGUGGAAAAGCGGGGACUCCCUGCGGUCGGUGGGUUCAUCCGGAUGCCUUGAUGUGAGGUGUUGGGGUGCAGGACGCAGCUCGAGACAUUCCAACCGGGAGAGAGAAACGAGAGUCCAAUUCGAAAUACCAAGAAUGUGCCUGAGCUUUUCAUUUUCAACCCCCUCCUUUUUUUUUUUUUUUCUUUUUGCCGAUUGUCUCCCCCCACCUCCCACCCGGCUGAACUUCGAAGCCGCGGUUUGCAACUUUUCUCGUGUUGAAGCUAAGCACUCGGAUCUUCGAGUUUAACUUUGUGUGGGAAGAACUGCAGAUUGUCGAGUUGGGUAUUCAUUGUGUAUGUUUUUUAAUUAAGAUUGUGAGUUGGUCCCUUAGCGGCGCGCACAAUUCGCUGAGGUUAUUUAACUUAUUUAUUCUAUUUAACUGUGUAGGCUGCCUUAGAAAUUUGUUUUGUCCAUACUCUGUGUAUCGAGUAUAAUGAGAGCAAUACCUAUAAAAUAUAUUCAUUUUUUUUAUUAUGUAUAAUUUAAUUAUAUGCAAAAAGAUGUUCAUUUCACCCUAAUAUAUUUAAGAUGCUUAUUUUAUUGUUAAAUGAGUAAAAUCUUAAUUUAAGAGACUAUAUAUGUAAUAUUUAUUUAAGAAUUUUUGUUUUCUUGUUUACAUGAGAAGAUUGCAUGGUUUUGGUUUUUUUUUUUAUUAUUUUUUUUUUUUUUUAAGAGGUCUAGUCUGUUCGCAGAAAUUUAUAUUUUGCUUUCUGGGAUUUAGUGGGAUGAUGAUCUGAUACAGAAAUGGUUUUUGUGGCCUGUGCAAGGAGCAAAAAAAAAAAAACAAAACUCCAGAGCUUUAAAAAACAUUCAGUGUUAUGAUGAGCAAUUCCAAGUGUUGGUGAGGAAAGACUAAAGCCUAAUAAUGUAACCAAAAGUGUUUGAACUGCACUGUGAUUUUAGAUCUUUUCUUUUCUUUUGCUCAUGCCAUACAAUUGUAGCAAUAGCUGGGAUCACCAGGUGUUGUUGUUAGUGCCUUGUAGAUUUCCAGUGACAUGCCUUAAAAUUGAACCAAAUAAACUUUCCUUAACAUGUCU